CAUGGUAGCCCGCAACCGUCAGCCCGGCUACUGAGACGGCCGGCUUCCCCACCACUCUCUCUCUCUCUCUCUCUCUUCUUUACGAAAAGCGACGCGACCGCAACCUCUAUCCACGUGGCGCGUGCGCUUCCCUCUCUCCUCGUCCUCCUCAUCUCAUCGAUCCGUCCACAUAAAGAGCAGCCAGAGCUCCUGCUUUCAACGCUGCCUAUCUUCUUCCGACGCUUCUUUCUUCGCCUCCCCAGACCGAAACCCAAAUCCAAUGUAAAGAGGAGAGAUUCGAUGGCGACGUUGCAGAAAUUUAAGCUUCUCGCGACGCAAUGCGCCACGGCGGCGAGGAGCCCAUCCCGGAGCCCCGCCCCCGCCGCGGCGGCCGCGGCCGCGAGCCCGGCAUUCCGCCUCCGUCGGCGGAAGACUUUGAGGAGGCUCCUCGGCCGGUCGUGUGGCCGGACGCUGCUCGCCCCGGCGAAGCCAGCCGCCGCUGGUGAGACGGAGGAUCCGGGGGAGAAGAAGGGGCUCCUGAGCCACACGCUCAGGGAUCUGUUCGUGUCCUCGCCUCCGGCAGUGGGAGGGGAAGUAGGGGGCGAAGGCGGCCGUGUCAGUGGCGGGGAUGGGGGCGGUCGUGGUGGCGUCGCGAGGAGGUUCGGGUUCGGGGGGCUGGCGGUCGGGAGGUUCGCCGGCCGGCUCCGUGGCGGCGGCAGCGGCGGCGGCCUGAGGUCUGGAUCCGGGGGGCUUCGGUAUCGGUUGCUGCGGCGGGCUUGGCGGCCCGUACUCGUCACCAUUCCUGAGUGAUUCUAAGCAGAAGAAUUGCUUGAAGAAAAAAAAACAGGAAAAAAACAUAGUGUUGGGACUUGGGAGAUCGUUGGAUGUAUUUUUCGCUAUUUUUUCUUCUAUUCGGAGUCUUUUUUGUUGUUGCUGUCGUUGUGGUUGUAUCUAUUUCUUCGUAAAAGAUUCUGGUUUUUUCUUGCA